AUGACUGAUCAUAUUAAACGACGGGAAGAAAUUGAAAAGUUUCAAGCAAAACGACGACGAAUUGAACAGUCGGAAUCUGAAGAUGAAUUUAAACUAGAUGAUGAUGAUAAAUUGGAGACAAAUAGAAGUGGAGAUGAAAAUACUUUUGUACCAUUGAAAGAACGACGUCGAAAACAAUUACAACGAGUUUUAGGUGGUCGAAAUGCUAGUCAUAUAAAUGCAGAUAAUGCAGAUCAUCUGUUUUCGUCGGAUACCGCACAUACACAGCCAGUUGCUGAAGAAAUAACUGUUGGACCACAAGCAAAUUUUACAUUACUUGAUCAAUUAAGUGAAAUAAAGAAAAAUCAAAAUUUAUCUGAUCAAACAAGUACAGAUAAAAUACUUGAAGAAGAAGAACGAAUUCUUCAAAAUGUCGUUGAAACAAAAGCUUUAAUGGGUGUAGCUGAAUUAGCUAAAGGUAUUGAAUAUACAGAUCCAAUUCGAACAAGUUGGCGAUCACCACGAGCUGUUCUUCGAAUGCCCGAAGAACGUCAUCGACGUAUUCGACAAAUAUAUAAUAUCAUUGCAGAAGGUGAUGAUAUUCCACCACCAUUAUGUCGAUUUGAAGAUAUGAAAUUACCAAUCGGUGUUUUAAAUGCAUUAAAAGAAAAAAAGAUUAUGCUACCUACACCUAUACAAAUGCAAGGCAUUCCAUCAGUUUUAUCUGGUCGAGAUCUUAUUGGUAUUGCUUAUACUGGAAGUGGAAAAACUUUAGUAUUUGUUUUACCUCUUAUUAUGUUUUGUCUUGAACAAGAAAAAGCAAUGCCAUUUAUACGUAAUGAAGGACCUUAUGGCCUUAUUAUUUAUCAAGAAGAACGUUUCUAUGCGUUAGAAAAAUUUCUUAAAGGUGAAAAAGAUGUUCUUUGUGCAACUGAUGUUGCAUCAAAAGGUUUAGAUUUUCCUGACAUACAACAUGUUAUUAAUUAUGAUUUACCAGAAGAUAUUGAAAAUUAUGUUCAUCGAAUUGGUCGAACAGGUCGUUGUGGACGACAAGGUCUUGCAACAACUUUUAUUAAUAAAACAUGUGAUGAAGCUAUUCUACUUGAUCUUAAACAUCUAUUAAUCGAAGCUAAACAAAUUGUUCCAUCAUUGUUACUUAAACUUGAAUCUGAUAAAGGGCGUUUACUUGACAUUGGCGAUGAACCUGGUUGUUCAUAUUGUAAUGGUCUUGGUCAUCGUAUAACAAAUUGUCCUAAACUCGAGUCUCAACAUAAUAAGACAGCAAAUAAUAUGAAAAAGAAUGAUUUUUUGGCAAAAGGAAAUUCAGAUUGGUGA